AUGGCCCAGUUAAGCAGAGUUGCUGCAAUCUUUCUUAUUAUUGCAUUAGCAUGCCAUUUUCCAUCUUUUGAGGCAAGAAAACUCUCAGUAAUGGAUUUGGAUUUAAGUGUUUCUAGUCAUGAAAGUGGAGAUCUUUCCAAGAUUGGUCGGUUCCUGAAGUCAGUUCCAACACCCGGAGCUGGCCAUUAUCAAGUUUUACAGGCAGUUCCAAGCAAUGGAAUUGGCAAUUAUCUAGUACUGCAGUCGUCUCCAAGGCCAGGAGUUGGUCAUGCAAUUGGACAUAAUAGUGAGGUGCAGUAUCUUCCAAGCCCCGAAAUUGGCAAUGGUCGAGUUUUAGCUCAGUCAGUUCCGAGUCCUGGAACUGGCAAUUAA